CAUACAAACAGCAAAUAAAGAUAAUGAACCUAUGGCGGUCUUAUCUUCUUCCCCAAGCGCCGUGUACUCUGAACCAGUAAAGACCAAUCUUGAUCGAUUGCCACCAUCAUCCUACCGAACCAAUCUCAAGGGCGCACCGAAGAACACCCAGAACAGUAGGAAGUCGAGUACGAUGCGAGGUGGUACUCGCGGUAGGCGAGGGCGCCCUAGAGGAGGUUUAUCCCGUGCCGACGCGAUGGUCGAUAGGAAUACGCAACAGGAGUCAGCUAAGGAUGUCGCUUCUGACAUGUCAGAACCAUCAGCUCCCGAGCCCUCAAGAACAGAUAUGGCAGCCCCAAGAAGGAAAAGCACUCGUGCACGUGGAGAGGGUCCAGCCUCUAGGUUGUCGACGACUGAGGACAAUUCACUGCCUUCAAAACCAAAUGGUGACGGGACCCGUAAACGUAAUGUGAGGGACCUCAACGGCUCACCCGGAGAGAGCGCAUCCAAUGGCGCAUCAAAGGUUCCUGGUGGACAGAAUGAACCGCGCAAGAGAAUUAAAUUGAGUCAACAAAAGCCUGCAAAGAAAGGCCCAAAAACUAAGAGCAACGGCAUCCGGACAGAAAAUGGUGAAUCCAAUGCAUUAAAAUCGAUCAACGAAGCUUCCACGCCAACCCGGGUGGAAUAUUUCGCACGUGUUCAGAAUUCUUCCAACGCUUCUGUGGAGAUUCCAAUCCCUGCGACAUUCCUCGCUGUCGAUGCGACGCUUGUUGAACGUUACAUUGAGUAUAAAGCGGAAGAGGAAGAGGGGCUGAACCUUUCGCUGGAGCAGUUCGUCAAGAUCUCCGAAUUUGCUAACCGCAAAUAGGAGAGUCUCCAUUCUCCUUUCCAAAGACUUCCUCAAGAUCAGUGGAAGGCAACCUGGACACUACUUCGAUGAUGAACUAAAAGAGUGGGAUGGACUGGGUUCUUCUUUCGGAAUUUGACCGGGCUGUCGGUCUGUCAUAAGCAUUCCAAUGGGCUAA